AUGGGGAGGCCACCUUGCUGCGAUGGGAAUGGUCUCAAGAAGGGCCCUUGGACAACUGAAGAAGACCAGAAGCUCACGGACUACAUCGACAAGCAGGGCCGUGGAAGCUGGAGGCAACUGCCUAAGCUUGCAGGACUGAACAGGUGCGGCAAGAGCUGCAGGCUGAGAUGGACCAACUACCUGAGGCCAGAUAUCAAGAGAGGAAAGUUCAGCCAUGAGGAAGAGCAGACAAUCCUCCGACUCCACUCCAUCCUUGGCAACAAGUGGGCAGCCAUCACGAAGCACCUCCCCGGACGAACCGACAACGAGAUCAAGAACUUCUGGAACACACACCUGAGGAAGAAGCUGGUCCAGAUGGGCUGCGACCCGACGACGCACCAACCAAGGGAUGACUUAUUGGCCGCGCUGCCGCAGCUCAUCGCGCUUGCCAACCUUGGCCGACUCGUGGAUGACCACACCGCCAGACAGCUGCAAUCUUAUGCAGUCCAGGCAGCAAAGCUCGAUUAUUUAAAGUCCCUGCUUCAGUCUGCAGCAACCAUUGCGACUAGUCCCAGCAGCUCCGGCAGCAUCAGCACCAUCACCACUGAUCUGCAGUGGAUGGGUCUCCUGAGUGCGUCGCAAAGUUCUUCCUUGUCUUCGCCUAGGACCAUGGAGGGUACCGAUUACCAAGGCUUAGUAACCGGGCAACUACCUGAUAUCCACAUCCCUGGUACUGGUAGCUCAUUCUUCCAACAGCCCAUUACCAAUGGUUCCAUCCAGAACUUAGGUUAUACUGCAAACAGCGGCGAGGGAGAGAAUUCUUUUCCGGCACUCCCUGACUUCUCUAUUUCCAACCUAGUUGGUGCUUGCAGCACAUCAGGCGGUGACGCCGAGAGCAACAGCUCUCAGCUCCCUAUUUGGUCUGACUCAUAUUUUGAUCAAUUCAUGACCGAGUUGGCAUGA